GCCAAAAUAUUUGGACCCUUUCUUUCCCCUUCCCUUCUAUUCCUCACGCUUUUUAUCGCAAAAAUCUCUCUCGCCCCGCACGCGCCGGCGCACCCAAAACAGAACCCCCCAUCACGCGCGCAGCCCGCCGCCGUCGCCGACGAGCGCAUUUGCCGCCUCCCCCCUCCCAUGGCGGAGGGAUCUUCCAGGAGUUAUCCCUUCGGGGGAAGCUUGGUGUUGGACGACCCGGACGUCGUCGAGGUGCCGCCGGAGGUCGCCGCUGGAUGGAACUCCGUCAGCCAGAAGCGGAAGCGGGCCCAGGUUGCUCCUCAUGAAAUAAUCGAACUUGAUGCUGAUGAUGAUCAUGACGGAGUUACAAUCAUUGAUGCAAAGACAUCAGAUUACAAGAAUAAACAAGCUGUUGGUCAUCCUGUAAAUUGCUGGAAGAAUGCAAAGAUUGGCUUGGCGGCCGAGGACAUUGCUUGCCCAAGUGCUAUUUCUGCCAAAGUUGUUUAUCCGUGGGAUGCCCUGGGAACUUACUAUGGAGGUCCCAAACUUCCAAUUUAUGGCUUGCCUACGGAUUUUGCUGGCCCAAGUUCUUUUGCUUCUUAUCCAUGGCAAAGCGUAGGAACUUACCAUACAGGUACAUUGCCUCCAGCUUAUUUUGAUGAUGUUUUGGGGGCAGUUGGAGAGGAACACUACGCUUAUGAUGAAGAUGAUUUCAGUAACUAUAGUUACAACACUCCUCUGAUGGAAAACGAUAGCAGCUUUAACUUGAAUGUGGAUCAUUACGGCUUUCCACCUAGUGUGGGGUUGUAUUUACCAAGGGGACAUGUGGCCCCUGCUGAUUCAACGCAGCAGCGGCAGCAAGUUAAGAUUGUGGAAAGUGAAAUUGAGGAAAAGUAUAAGGCAUUUAAGCAGUUUGAUACUGUUGGUGACCACAGUGAUCACUUUUAUUUGAAGUUUCGGACCGUGAAGAAGCCAUCAAAGGACUGGGUGAAGAGAAUUCAGCAUGAAUGGAAAGUUCUAGGGAAAGAUUUACCAGAUACAAUAUUUGUAAGAGCUUAUGAGGAUAGAAUGGACCUGCUUAGAGCUGUCAUAGUUGGGCCUGCAGGCACUCCUUACCAUGACGGGUUGUUCUUUUUUGAUGUCUAUUUCCCUUCCCAGUAUCCAUGUAAACCUCCUCAAGUGAAUUACCGCUCUGGAGGUCUGCGGCUUAAUCCAAAUCUCUAUGCCUGUGGGAAAGUCUGCCUUAGCCUCUUAAACACAUGGACUGGUAGUGGGUGUGAGAUGUGGAACCCAUCCACUUCAACUAUGUUGCAGGUCCUGGUCUCCAUUCAAGCCUUGGUGCUGAAUGCUAAACCUUAUUUCAAUGAACCUGGUCAUUCGAUGUAUGCUAACACACCCCUUGGGGAGAAGCAGUCCCUGGCUUAUAAUGAAGAGACUUUUCUGCUAUCCUGUAGAACCAUGCUGUAUUCUCUUCGCAAUCCACCAAAGCAUUUUGAGCACUUCAUUGGUGGACAUUUCCGGAAGUAUGGGCGUGACAUCCUCGUAGGAUGCAAAGCUUACAUGGGCGGUGCCCAAGUUGGAUGCCUUGCUGGAGACGGAGUGCAAGAUGUUGACGAGGGUGACAAAAGCUGCUCACAAAAUUUCAAGUGCUCGCUAGAGAUAUUAUUUAAGGGUCUCAUUAACGAAUUCACUGAUUUAGGAGUAGCUUGUCAUGAAUUCCAGGCCCAGAUUGUGAACUCUGGAGCUGCAGCAGACACCACAUUAAGGCUAUAAGUUAUAGGUGAUCCCAAGGAUCAUGUUGACCAAAUUUUGUUUUGAAAUAAACAUAUAGUCAUUGGUUC